UGCGUCAACACCCCAAGUCAAGAGUUCACAUACAGUCUUUGCGCGUGAUUUACUUGCCCCUGUGUAAUCCAUCGCCACCAUAUCUCCCUCCACUCCCACUCUCAGCCUCAGCCGCAUUGACCUCCAAACCCGCCACCCCAAAUGUACCCAAUCCUCACCUUCCUCUUCUUCUUUUUCUUUUUCUUCUUCUUUUCCGUCCAUGCAGUUGAAAAUCUCUCCAACUGCAGCCAAACAUUCAACUGUGGCUCUCUACAUAAUCUCUCCUACCCAUUUACAGGCGGCGCCCGCCCGGCUCACUGCGGCCCGCCCGAGUUCCAUAUCAGAUGCGUCAAUGACGUGCCCGAGCUGACCAUCAUGUCGCUGAGUUACCGAGUCCUAUCACUCGACUCACUUGGUCAAACUCUGAGCUUGGCCCGCAAUGACCUCUGGAACGAGACCUGCACAAGUGACUUAGCUAACUCAAGUCUUGCUUCCGGUUUCUUCAACUUCAGCGACGCCGAUAACGUCGACGUCACCAUUUUCUACGGUUGCAAUUCCUCGAGUAUUGUGCCCACGCCCGAGAAUUGGUUUCGCUGUUAUAACAAUCAGACUUUUGACGAUGCUUAUUACCUGAUUGGUCCGGUUCCCAAUGAUCCAAUCAUGAAUACUUUUAGGUGCAGUCAUGUUAUUACGGUACCGAUUCUCAAAAUCACAGCGGCUAAGCUCGUGGCUGAACGGUCGCUGUUUAAGCAAGCUAUUAUGGGUGGAUUCCAUGUCAACUUUACCGAUCCGUACGCUGAUCACUGCGCCAAGUGCUCCGCUGUAAAUAGGCAGUGUGGGUUUGACUCCUAUUCGAACCGACCCAUUUGCAUUUGCGGCAAUCGGCUGUGUGGCCUAGGUUCAAAUUCAUUAUCACGAAAAUGGAUCAUAGUUAUAGGCAUUUUGGCGGGUGUCUCUGGGGCCAUCUUGAUCAUCGUUUGUGGUAUACACAUGUCAAGGAAAAGAAUGAUGAUUUUCAAGAAACAAGAAACGAAUGAGCUAGACUUUGAGGACUUUAUAAAGAAUUAUGGAUCGAUUGCCCCAAAGCGUUAUAGUUUUUCAAAUGUGCAGAAAAUGACAAACUCAUUCCGAGAUCAAAUUGGGAAAGGAGGAUAUGGCACUGUCUACAAAGGAGAGUUGCCUGAUGGCCUUCUUGUGGCCGUGAAAGUACUAACCAAAUCAAAAGGUAAUGGAGAAGAAUUUAUUAAUGAAGUUGCUAGCAUUGGUAGAACUUCCCAUGUCAAUGUAGUCACUCUUUUGGGAUUCUGUUAUGAAAGGGGUAAAAGUGCUCUGAUUUAUGAAUACAUGCCUAAUGGAUCUCUAGACAAAUUCAUACAUAAGCCAGGAUCUUCUAACGAAAGCUGUCGACUAGAUUGGAAAACAUUAUAUAAUAUUGCAGUUGGCAUUGCUCGAGGACUAGAAUACUUGCACCGCGGUUGUAACACAAGAAUUUUGCAUUUUGACAUAAAGCCACAGAAUAUUCUUUUGGACAAGGAUUUCUGCCCAAAAAUCUCUGAUUUCGGACUAGCCAAAUCAUGCAUUACGAAGGAGAGUAUCGUUUCACUGCUUGGCACAAGAGGAACAGCAGGAUACAUUGCACCAGAAGUAUUUAGUCGGAACUUUGGCGGAGUAUCUCAUAAAUCAGAUGUCUACAGUUAUGGGAUGUUGGUUCUUGAAAUGGUUGGGGCAAGAAAGAAUUUGGAUUCUGGAGUGUCUCAUACAAGUGAAAUGUUUCCACAUUACAUUUACAAAGAUCUAGAGCUAGACAACGAUGCAAACAAUUUCGGGGCUAUAUCAGAGGAGGAAAAAGAUACGGCAAGAAAGAUGGUUUUAGUAAGUCUUGGGUGCAUUCAGACUCUUCCACCUGAUCGGCCAUCAAUGAGCAAAGUGGUAGAGAUGCUUGAAGGACCCCUACAUUCGUUGAUGAUUCCACCACAGCCUUCCUUGAUACCUCCUACAAGAUUUUCAGGAGAAUCUGUGACUUCAUCCCAACCAUCUGAAACAGGCUAAUGCAAUUAAUUGUAUCGCUACUUCUGUGGUUUUAGGAAGUUCAAGCUGCGUGUAAGUAAGUUGUUUUGUGAAAACGAGACCGUUCUAGUCAUCCACAUGGUGAAAAUAUGUUCAUAAAUUAUAUAGAAAGUGAAUGAGAACUUUCAUUUCAACUUUCAAAAUUUCUAAAGACAGCUUAGUUGAAAUAUGGUACUGUCUAUUUCCUUAGUAACAAAUGUUACUUUUAGUUCUGUAAAUUUUCUCUUGUUCAUGGAUCCUGAAUCCUGAAUUCCUUUUUGGGUUAAAAACUUUGCUUCACCUUUAGUUUUCA